UACAUACAUAAAACAUGACGUCAGGAGCAUCAUUGCAUACGAGAAUAGUUGCGCUCGCAGCUUCAUCUUUUGGAUUAAGUCUGGUUAACUCAGCUUUCACCUUUUAUUAUGUUAAAGUGUUCUUAAACCAUUACCAUAUAGAAGAAAGCUGGUUUCAACUGUCACAGACACUCUUCAUGGUUUGGAACGCCAUUAACGACCCUUUGUUUGCAUAUUGUCAAGACAGUACAAAUUUUCGGUUCUCAAGAACUCGACGUGAAAGUGUUUUGUACGCAGCUCCAUUAUUUGCUCUCUCAUUCCUUGUGCCAUGGUUUCCAUGGGGAGAUCCAGAGACUCUGCAGCCAUGGGUUACUGGAAUUCAUCUGAUAACUGCUUUAUGUUUCUGGGACACAAUGUAUACAUACAUUGGAUUAGCUGCGUGCUGUUUAUUCACGGAACUGGCGUCUGAUAAUGAAGCAAGACUAAAAAUGAUAAGGUACAAUCAUAUUGGGUCUUUGGUUGGUUCGUCAAGUAUUUUUAUUUUGCAAUACAUGUCAAAUCAAUUAGAGAAUUUCCAAGCUUUUCAAGGAGGUUGUGUCGCUGUAGCUGUUUUAAGUUGCUCGCUGUAUAUCUACUGCGGCAAAUAUGCACAUACAGAAAGGGAAAUUCAACAAGAGAAAGAUGUGCAAUGUGGGAAACCUAAAGUUAUAAAAUCACAAGAAUACUCCUAUUUCACACUUACCAAGCAAAUACUAUUUAACAGGGACUUUCUUGCUUUUGUUAUAACGAACUUUUUUCAAGAAUUUCAUCGGACUUUCGUAUCGAACUUUUUUGCAAUAUUUGCGGACCAGUUGAUAGUAAAAGGUGCCAUUCCAUCGGUUGUACGGAGCUUGUUUUAUGGAGCCAGUUCUGCUGUUCCAAAGAUGGUAGUGAUAUUUGGUACCGGUAUAGUUGGCAGGUUUGGGUAUUUUAAAGUGAUACGUUACAGUCAAGUGUUUAUGAUGGUGUAUGGCUUGUUUUAUUUCAUGACUGGAAUGGGCAACCACUGGUGGCUUAUGUUGUUUAUGUUGACGGAAAGCAUUCUUGCAGACGGCAUUUUCUUACUGUUCAAUCUUCCACUCUCUGAUAUAGCCGACAACGAUUUGGCACGAUACAACCGAAGACAUCCAGUUACCUCCAUGGUUUACGGCAUGAACGCCUUGGUGGUGAAACCUGCUAUAUCAUUAUCACCUUUGUUUGUUGUUAAGAUUUUAAACAUGUAUGGAUACGACCAUUUGAAAGAUGGAACACUAAAUGCCAAUGAGGUUCAUGAUCUCAGCAGCGCUAUGUUUAACUUGUUAUGUCUUUAUCCAUGUGUUAUUGGAUGUGUUCAGUUCUGUGCCUGGUCAUUUUAUAGAAUCAGGGGGGGAAAGCAAGGAGAAAAAAGUCAUUCGACAUGAUUUUAAAUGUUGGCUCUAACAACGGCACUGUAUUUAGUUUAUUUCUAUUUCUACUAUUUUGAUUGCUGUGAUAAAGAAUUUGAUUUACUUUUAUCAUUUUUAAUGCAUAUUUUAUAAUUACAUGUAUUUGCUUCGUAUAUUUAUUUUUGAAGAAAUUUUGUUAGGUCGUUUGAAUUGCUAAGGUACUAUGUAUUUGUUUAAAUGAAAAA